GUAUAGGAAGCGCAGCGUGAACAUAUGGACAGGUGGGUUUACAAACUAAUUUAUUUUGUUUUGCUAAAUCCGGUACUUAUUUUGCUUCAUUUUGUUUGUAGCUCCGUCACUGGGAAGCAAACUGUAGGUGAUGGAGCCAGAGCUCUGUUUCUCCAAAAUGGCGCCUUCCUCCCCCUUAUGCUGUUGUGGCUGUUGCUCUCCCCGUACCUGGCUGUGCUCACGCUCCUCAGCCUACACGUUGGUUCUUGGCUUGGUAUUCGUUUCACUAGGGACCAGUCGCAUCAUUUUACUGAAGUUCUCUGAAAAUGAAGAAAACAAGUAUGACUUUCACCCUGCCUCUGUGAAUUUAAUGGCAGAGACCAUUAAACUUGUCUUUUGUUUAGUCAUGUCAGUGCGAGUGAUUGUUCGAGAGGGUCGUUCAUGUAAGGACUUGGGCUGCUCCUCUGGUUCCUCUUUUUCCAGCUGUUUAAAAUGGGCUGUCCCUGCAUUCCUCUAUUUUCUUGACAAUCUCAUUAUUUUUUAUGUGAUGACCUACCUCCAGCCUGCGAUGGCAGUAUUGUUCUCCAAUGUCGUCAUUCUUACAACAGCCAUUCUGUUUCGGUUUGUUCUGAAGAGGCGUUUGUCCUGGGUGCAGUGGGCCUCCCUCAUCAUUCUCUUCUUCUCUAUCGUGGCAUUGACCAUGAGCACGUGCACUAACCAGCAUGCCGUAAGUGUACAUGGCCUGCACGCAGCGCAUGUCUCUGCUCCCUCCAGCAGCUGCUCAAACUAUACACUGUUGGAGAUGAAAAAGCACAACCAGAAUGAGACCAGCUGGGCAGAAGGACUAGCUCCCGAGCUCUGGAACAGCCAGCUUGUCCAGCGUUUACGUGGCUUCGGCCUGGGCUAUGUCUUGCUGCUGCUUCAGUGCUUCACCUCUGCAUUGGCCAACAUCUACAAUGAGAAGAUUCUGAAGGAUGGAGACCAGCUGGCUGAAAGUAUUUUUAUCCAGAACAGUCGGCUGUAUGUGUUUGGUGUUGCCUUCAAUGGCCUGGCAUUGGUGCUGCGUGCCGACUCGCGAGCGAUGCUGCUGCACUACGGCCUGUUUCACGGUCACAAUGCCUAUUCCGUUGCACUGACCUUCAUCACAGCUGCCCUUGGUCUCUCUGUUGCCUUCAUCCUUAAGUUUCGUGACAACAUGUUCCAUGUGCUGACGGGCCAAAUCACCACUGUGCUCGUCACAGCCCUGUCAUUCUUCCUCUUUAAUUUCCGCCCAGAACUAGACUUCUUCCUACAGGCACCAGUUGUUUUGCUUGCCAUCUUUAUAUACCACAGCAGCAGCCUAAAGGACCCAGAGUAUGUACUGCAGCAAGAGAGGCUCAGGGUCAUUAAUGGAGAGGUGUUUGAGCGGCAUCAAGGGGAUGGGGAAGAGUUGGAGCGAUUAAAUAAGUCUGACACAGAGGGUGAUUCUGAAGAAGAGUCUUUCUGAGCCUACUUUCUUAUUCCAGCCUUUACCUACUAAAGUGUUGCUGUAAUUAUUGCAAAUGAUUUGUCAAUGUGCCUGUAUAUUUAUAAUGCUCAUAUUACUAUAUUUAUUGACCAUUUUUCAGGGACCCUGUUAUAUUAGUGCAAAGGUUUGAUGCACUCAUACUUGCAAACCCACUGUCACUCAGUGUUUCUGCUGAGAAUGAUCCACCUCUUAAGUAUCUUGUCAGUUGUGUCUUUAUUCCAUUAAUGAGUCGAGUGGACAGAGUGGAAACAAAUGUGUACAGAAACAGAUGGGCUGCAGUCAGCAGUUGUAAACAUAGUGUACCACACUGUGGUAUGAGUUUCUUAUAAAUUGGCCAUAGAAUAUAUACAUAAAGAGUGGCCUAAAUAAAAAAUACCCAUAUAUUAAUGUGCUUUCAGUUACAGUGUCCAUGGCAUUGUAUUUUACAGGUGAUCAGUUUCAAAAGGUCUCUGGUAAGGCUGAAUACAAUUUCUGAAAUGGCAAAUAAAUUCUUGAUUGUAGAAUUUAAAAAAAUGUUCCAGAAGACUGGUAGAAUGGUGUUUCUCAAAUGUGUUGUGUAGUCACAUUUCUGUGAUCAUAUGUUCUCAACAUUGUUGUUUUUAUUAAAAUGCCUUUGGGCAAACAAAUUAAUUGGGAACCUUUUCCUGAUGUUAUAUAAAGACAUUCUUUACUUCA